CAAAUACGCGGCUAGCUCCAGUCCAGUGUAUUUUUGUAUUGUAUUUGUAAAGGACACGUAGGCCCUAUCACAGAUGCAAUACAAUUUAAGUUCAUCUAUUGAGUGUUGCAUAAUAUUUGUCACGAACGAGCUGACGAAGGUAACUUUUUCAAUUGACUAGUUAUUUAUACGGUAUAGUUUUACUUAUGCGAGAACGAGAGUAAGUGACUUCACAGCAUCCUUGGAACUGACUGUUGGGAGUUGUGUCUAUUCCAUAGUUCGUUGUUCUGACAAAGCCUGAUAAACACCAUGACACUACAGUGGACCUUUGUGGCCGGAUUCCUCUACGUGGAGACGGGCAUUCUGUUCCUUCUUAUGUUGUCUUUCAUCAAGCCGUACAUGUGGCAGAAGAUCUUCAACUCCAACUUGUUGAAGUCGAUUAAUGCGUUUUCCUACAUCUACUUCAAUGUGUUCAUCUGUAUCUUAGGCCUUCUGUUUGUUGACGCCAUCCGAGAUGUGAGGAAGUACAAUGCAGCAUUUGAAGAAAUUGACAUCUCAAUGCCCGGAGCUGAGACGCAGCUCAACAUGAAACUAUUCCGCUCCCAGAGAAACCUCUACAUUGCUGGCUUUGCUCUCUUCCUUUGGAUUGUGCUUCAGAGAGUCUGCACCCUGAUCUCAACCGAGGCCAGACUCCAGGCUUCCAACGAGGCAUCCAUCAAGCAGGCACAAGGAGCUUCAGAUCAUGCUCAGAAACUCAUGCAAGAGCUGAAAGACUUGAAGGAAAAGAAAGAGGGUGAUGGUUCAUCAGUGGAUGCCGCCAGCCCAGAGAAAGAGGCCAUUGAGGAGUUGAAGAAAGUCAAGGAGGAACUGGCAAGCAGCAAGGAAGCUCUAAACAAGGCCAAAGCUGACUUGACAUCCAUCAAGAAGCAAGCUGAGGGAGUCAACUUGGAGUAUGACCGCCUCCUUAAGGAACACGCCCAAUUGCAGAGAACAGUAGAGGAAGAGAACAACAAAAAGGACUCCUAAAGAGAACCUGAACUUAUGGCGUCACAUAUUGUAGAUGUGACAUGGUAUUUCGGCUAGUAGCCUUAUCAUCUUGUUCAUUGUUUCAUAGAGCUGCUUCAGCAGAGAGUGUUGCUUAACAGUUUUGUAUGCUUAGCAGAAAUGAGCAGGGCCCAA